AUGGCAGAACUCUCUGGCACGACCAGUGGUCCAGGCUGGGGCAAUAAGACAUCAGGCACUGAGAACCUUCUUAGCUCCGACAACUACAACGACAACCGAAACCUGACCGAAAAGGCCAAAGACAAGUUGAGCAGCGAUCGCACUGAUCGACCCGACGAUCCAGUAUCAGGAACGAACUACGGACAGAGCGACAGCUACGGCUCGGGAAACAACACCUCCUCAUACGGAGAUUCUUCCUAUGGAGGAAACGACAACCGCGGUCUAGCCGAUAAGGCAAAAGACAAACUGUCCAGCGACCGAUCUGAUCGCCCAGACAAUCCUGUUACAGGCCGGAAUUUCGACCAGGAUACCAGCAGCAGUGGAUAUGGUGGCAACAACACCUCCUCAUACGGAGAUUCCUCAUACGGAGGAAACGACAACCGCGGUCUAGCCGACAAAGCCAAAGACAAAUUGUCCAGCGACCGAUCCGACCGACCCGAUAAUCCCGUGACAGGCCGCAAUUUCGAUCAAGAUACCUCCAGCAGUGGAUACGGAGGCAACAACAACUCCUCUUCCAACUACGGCUCCUCAGGCAACAACGACAACCGCGGAAUCGGCGAGAAGAUCAAGGACAAGUUGUCCAGCAAGCGCUCUGAUCAACCAGACGAUCCGAUUUCAGGAACGAACUACGGAGAGGACAGCUCCCGUGGCUCUUCGGGCGGAGGCUUGAUAGAUAAGGUCAAGGCGAAGAUUGGUGGGAGCGGAAAUAACAGGAAUGAUAAUGACAGCUAUGGUUCGUCUGGAAACACAUACGGAGGAUCGGACAGCUAUGGAUCUGGAAACAACAACGACAGGAAUUACUAGGUUCCAUACAUUGAAGCAGCUGUGGGUAUUGGCAUGUAGUCUAGUAUGAGAUGAGAUGAGACGAGUUGAACGAAUGGAUUAUGAAUUUGACGGCUGUGAAGCAGAAC